AGGAGCCCCACUAAUGUGACAACAGGGGAAAUCCUCUAUGUGAAAGGCCCUGGACGCAAUGCGCCCGGAAAUGCUGAUUCCACGUUUGUGUAAUCACGGCUGGCUCUGCACGGCCGCAGCCCAGGUAUGAGGUGCAGCUGGUUUGUGUCAGAGUCAAGGGUGGAGACAGGCUGUUUGCCCAGCUGGUUGAGGUGGCUCAGGCUCAGCUCAGACCUCACCUGCUUCUGAAUGGAGGAGGAGGCCGUCCAGCUGCUGAAAGGCAGACUUUCCGUGGGCCCGCAGCCUUCAGAGUCACAGCCCUUCCCCAGCUCGCCUCUGAUAAAAUCCUGAGGGACACUGGGCGCUCUGACGCGACACUGAGUAGCCAUGGGCAACGAGAACAGCACCUCAGAUAACCAGCAACAGGACUCUGGGCUGCAUAACGUCAUCCUGUGGCCUCCGCACGCUGGACUUCCGCAGAGAACUUCAUCAGCUCAGAGUCCAGAAUCUGUGCAACCAUCUGGGAAUAGUCAGAAUAUCAGAAGAAAGCCGGAGGACAAGUCUGGAAGCUCUGGCCAUGAAGACGUGCCCAGCUGUGGGCGUGGAGGCUCCUGCUCCGCUUCUGAGAGGACUGCCAGCCAGGAUCCGUGCAUCGUGUGCCCAGAGGUGACUGAGCCAAGGAAGUGCCCCCAGGAAGCCAGGGGUCCAGAAAGCUCUCCACUGCCCAGCCCUCCCUCCCCCUGGGAGCAGGAGUGCUGCUCAGCUGCCAUGCCCUUUGCUGAGGGCUCCCCAGAAGGGUGCUUGGAAAGCCCGGAAGAAGCACCUGAAGGUUGGCCCCUCGUUCAACAUCCCAGGAGGGAACCUUCCCCCAAAGCCCUAGGGGUGGCCCUGGCAGCCUUUGUCCCUGAGGAGGACAGCUCUGCUCGGGGCAGUAUGGCCACCAUUGUCCCUAGUGCCGGAAGAGAGGGAGGCGUGAAGGAAGAAGUUGAUAAAGUGGCUUCCUCCAGUCACCUUGACCAGCGGCCGGGAAUGCCACCAGCACCUCUGAAAGAGCAGCCGUGUGUGGAGGUCAGCCAGCCAGGUGGUUUCGGGUCACCAGGGAAGGAGGCUGCAGGUGGCUUUCCCCCCACAGAGUCUGGGCAGGUGGUGGUCCCCAAGGCCCCUGCUGCAGCCCACCCAGGCAAGGAGAGCUCAGCUGGCCUGGAGGAGUCCCCCCAAAAACCCGAGACCCCAACCCCACAAGAUCCAGCCCCAAGAGCCUCAGACAGAGAAAAAUGCCAAGUGGAGGUGAUGCCUCAAGACUUGGCUGAUGACUCAGUUUUCCUCAAGUCCUGUGGUUCUACUAGGAACAAAUCAGGGGCUUCCCAAGAAGAGGACAUAAAUGCAGCAUCCCAGGAAAUCUGCCAGCAGCAAAUGGGAGCACAUCUACCCUGCACAGAGCUGCCCUGGGGGUCACUGAAUCCUGCCCUGGCGCCAGGGGCUGGAGGCUCUUGGAAGGAGACUCUAGAUGCCAGUGAUGCUCAGCAUUCCUCGCAGACAAGAGGGCGGGGAGCCCAACCCGGUAAUGCUGUCUGUGCACUACCAGGUGACCAGCCCAAAGGGGUUCUGCUCAUGAGUGCUGAGCAGUCCCCACAUGUACCAGCAGAGGAAGCGCAUCCAGCUCCAAACCUCAGUCCACAGCCAGCUGCUUGGGCCUCUGCGGCUGCAGCAAAUCCCAGCUGGCUGGCCAAGGAGAUGCUUUACAGGGCUGAGAUGCCAGUUCUUAGAGUUCCAGCUGAAGAGCUGGCAGGUGCUGAGUUGGGGGGACAGGAGAAGUGUGCAUCAGAUCUUGGAAGAGCGGGAGUGCAUCCAGAAGGGAUCCCCGGAGAGGCUCCUCCCCCUUUGCCCCAGGAGGAGAGGGGAGAGCUCUCCAUUAAGGAGCAAGGCCACCAAGUCCAACAAGGGGUGCGGCCCCCUCCUCUCCCCAGGACAUCAGAUGAAAGUGCCCUGGGACCAGAGCGUGAAGCCAAGGCCCCCCAAAGCCCAGCUGUGGCCAGUGAGGAAAGUGGACUACCAGAGGCCAGCCCUAGAGGACAGGAAGAAGCCCCAGAGCCGCCCAAUGUGAAUCCUGAAAACCCACAGGGAGAGCAACCCCAGGCCCUUGGCUGUAGGGCUGACCCAGAGGUGGAGAAAGAUGAGAUUUCAAAGCUGAACGGCACUGUGGAGAGCCAAGUCCUUCCCAGCACAGACUCAGCACAGCCACUCUGUGAGGAGGGUCCCCAGCCCACAGGCAGGCCGGGCUCUGUAUCAGAAGGCACAGCUUGGAGCUCAGUGGCCCAUGCAUCUGACUCACUGCUCAGGCUCCAUGAGAAGGGUCACAUCCUGACCCUGGGACUGGACGGAGCUGGUGAGCACGUUCUUCCCAAAGGAGCUGGCUGGGAGGGGCCCAGAUUGCAGACCAAAUGUCCGCACACCCUCCAGGAUCUGGGGGGAUUGGGAAUAAUGGACUGUCUUCCUGCUUUGGAAUCUGGGAAAUCAGAUUUCCUGUCAACUCCUGCUGCAGAGGUUGUCCCUAAAGCCCAGGAGGUGGAGUGCAGAUCUGAAAUAAAGGCCAUGAGCCACCCAUCUGCGUGGACACCCGACAACUGUGAGGAGGCGGGCUUGCCGACAUCCCCAGACGGGUCUUGUGGGCUGGGCCACGAUGCAGCUGGACAGGAAGCCCGGGCUGAUGGGCCACAGCCCCCUGAAGGGGAGGACUUGGCAAUGGACAGCGGGCUCACGUCGCUCAGUCUGGAGCACAGUCAGCAAGGAAUCCCGUGCUUCCCAGGGGACAGCUGCAUACGAGCAGCUGCACCUGAGAGGCCUUCAGUACCUUCUGAGAAUCAUCUCCAGCCAUCCCAGUCGGACCCAGAUGCACCCAUCUUUGAUACGCUCAGGGAGAAGACCCGAGGGUGUAAAAAUGGGGAAGAGACUUAUCCAGGUGAUCCAGGUUUGAAGAAGCUGGGCACAGAUUCUUCCCAAAUCCACGUACCUGUGACACCUCAGGAGGAUGCGUGCUUGCCCACUUGUGGAGAAAAGGAGCAGGCUUCCAGAUCAGAGCUUCAAAGGGAGCACCCCAAAGGCAGUCUGUCUGAUGCUACACGUUCGGCUGCCAGGGACUCAGUUCUGGAGAGCCCCGCGACAGAGCAGUCGGAGUUGUCAGCACCAGUAAGCCCAGAGCUGCCUGCCCUAGGGGAGAAUGGGCAAGAGGGAGCACGCAGUGACCGCCGGCCCUCCGGGGUCGGGCCUCCUGCAGCAGACACCUCCGAAGACUCCUCUCUUGCAGGUAACUUGAACAGAAAGGAAAACUGCUGUGCUGGGCAAGGGCCGAGCAAGUCCCGACAAGAGCUGGUGGAUGCGCUGGAAGUCAGCAGCCAGCAUGAAGAAGCAUGUCCCGGUGAUGCAGGAGCUUCUGAAGCCGCUGACGCUCGGCGCCUGCUCGAGGGCUUGAGUAAAACAGGGAAGACAAGUGAGAACACAGUGGGGACCCCGCCUCGGCAGCCUGAGCCCGUGGCUCUCCUGGAUGCAGCUCACUGCCCGCCAGUCCCAGCGCCCGCCAGCCCCAGCGUCACAACCACCCAGGAUGCCCCAGAGAGAGAGUCAGGUGCUGAAACCCAGGGAGGCAGGCAGCGGCCAGUGCUGGCCCCACGGAAGGAAGUGGAGCAGCCCGCCGCCUCGGACGCAGAGGCCCGAGAGCUUCUUGGAAGUUUCCCAUCCGCCCCGGAGCAAGGCAGAGCUGCUGAGACCAGUGGGGACGCUGGCAGAGGGGACCUGGGGAUGCAGUCAGCUCCAGAGGAGGCAGGCGAAGCUGCUUUGAAUGCUGGAUUCCUUAAUACUGGGCAGUGCCCCUCCCCUGGGGAGGAAACUUCUACCUCUGCCCCAGGUGAGCCCUGCCAAGCUGAGCAGCCUUCGGCCAGCCGCCAGGAUGCCUUGCCACCAGCCGGAGAGCUGGGUGGGAUUCCCAGAAGCAUGGCAGAGAUUUCUGAAGCCCAGGCCGUCUCCAACGCAAAGAGGCUCUUGCCGUCUGGGCCACCAGAAGAGGCCGCUUCUGAUACUCCUUACCUGCAUGUGGAGGUUGCUCCCAGGAAAGGGGCAGAAGACAGAGGAGAGAAAGCUCUCUCCUCCCAAGGGCCCAGACCUCCUGGAGAAAGCACUUCUCCCAUAGGGGCGCCUCUGCUUGCCCUGGAAAAUGCCACCUCCACGAAGCUGUCUUUGGGCCUCCCUGCCUCCCUCCCGCAACCAGCAGCUACAGGUAGGGAAAUCACUGGGGCACAAGCCAGCGGUGGAAGCUCCAAAGCUGGCACCUUUGAGGGACCUGUGGACUCCAUGCCCUACCUGGACAGGAUGCCACUUCUGACCAAGGGUGAGCACAGGCUAGUGGAGGAGAAAGCAGCAGGUGCCAAACCCUAUGAGAUUCCAGCACCCCCUGCCUGUGAGGAGGGCAUGGCGGGUGAGACAGCAAAGGGGACAGAGAGCAUUGGGGAGAGGACAGUAGAACCCCCCGAGGAUCUGAGCAGAGGCGCGUCAGGUGGUCUGCAUGCAGGCUCCAAGCAGGCUAGCACAGUCAGUGGCUUCCCUGACUUCAGGGAGCACAUCACCAAGAUCUUUGAGAAGGCUGGGCUCAGAGCCCUGACUGCCGAUCGGUCCCAGGGUGCACCAGGAGAAAAGGCAAGAGCUGGGAGCAGUGUGAGGGACAAGGACCUCAUUGUGCCAAGCCCAGAGAAGCUUCUAGAUGGGACUCGGGGUGUGGCCAUUGCCCCUCUCCCCACACCUCCUCUUGGACUCUGGGUGAACUCAGAGGAGAAGAAGCAAGAGUUGGCUGGAGAGGCUGAGAUUUCCUGUGUGGGUCCCCAGGCUCCAGUUCCAGAGAAGCUGCCCGGUCAGGUGGGGCCGGUCACCAAGCAAAGCCUGCCCAGCACCAGUGUGGGAAAGGAAAUGACUGGUGUAGCCCAGACGGUGCAGGAAUGUGAGAAGCCAGAGGGGGCUGGAGGUGCUGGGCCAGGACUUGGGGGUCAGGCCCACUCACAGCAGGGCGGGGGCUGUCAGGGAUUCGCUUCAGGUCUGUCUUCACAGGUGCCUCCCCAGAGCCCCAGGGAAGGGGCCUCACUCCAAGGCGACAGAGUUCCUCCUGGAAAAGAGCAGCAGGAAACAUUCACCCUCAAUGGACAACCUGGAGAAGAUGGAGCCUGGGGCUUUGCUCACACCGAGGCCCUGGGUGACGUGUCAGGGUCCACCUCUGCCCUGGGAACAUCUUCUCCCCUUGGGGAUGUUCCAAUUGUGGCUGAGGCCAUCAGUGAGCCCUGGACCCCUGACACACUUGGGGGUGAGAAGAGGCAUGGAGGUGCUGCCUGGAUCUCAGACAUGCCAAAUGCUCGGGGCGGCCAGAGUGCCCCUGAGCCACAGGCCGGAGCAGUGGCGGACGCUCCCCUGCAGCCCAGCCCAGCGGCAGGAGCUGCUGGAGAAGCAGAGGGUGACGUCACUUUGAGUACAGCUGAGACCAGGGCACAUGUGUCUGGUGACCUGCCUGAGACGGGUACUACAAGGAUGUUGUCUGGCAUGGCUUGGCCCUCGGCACUGCCAGGGAGCAGUGGGGUGCCAGGCUGCUCUGAGGGGGCUCCGAGGAUGGAGGAUGAGGCUCCCAGGCAUGGGGACAGCUUGGCCGGGCUCCAGCAAGCGGAGAAGCAGCACAAGCCUGAGCUCCCAGGUCCUGCUGGGAACAGGAAGGUGGCAGUGUCCUCACCUCCAGAACCUGAUGAAACCCGGGACCUGGAGCUGCACAGCCUGGCUCCAGAAGCACCCCGUGAUGAAAGGUAUUUACAAGGAAAAAGCCCAGGAUCUGGCCCAUGCACCUUGCCUUCAGUUCCUGAGAAGGAUGCUCCAAACGUCACAGGCAAUGUCAUUUCAGAUGAAGCCAGAGCUGUGGGAGAUGCAGAAAGGUCAGUGAAAAGUUCAUCUACAGCAGAUGGUGUCAUCCAGCCAGUGGUCCUUGGAGACCUGGAAAACCCACCCUUAGCUGCCUCUUCCCACCACGGUGAUGUCAUCAGCCAGGUGUCCACGGAUCUGACAGCCCGGAGCAUCUCCCCAGCUGCCGCCCAUGUGGAUCUUGUUCUCCCGGCCUCAGAACAUGAGUCUUUGCCUUUUGCCCCAGAUGGUGAUGGAGUAGAAGCUUCCGCUCCCAACUUCCAGAGUCUGACCGAGGAUGUAAGCAGGAGUUCUGAUUCUGAAGAAGCAUUUGAGACCCCGGAGUCAACGACCCCUGUCAAAGCUCCACCAGCUCCCCCACCCCCACCCCCCGAAGUCGUUCCAGAGCCUGAGAUCAGCACACAGCCUCCCCUGGAAGAACCAGGAUGUGCUACUGAAAGUGUCUGUGUCCCUGAUGGCCCGCGUAGCAGCUCGGUGGAAGGAAGUCCUUUCCAUCCUCCCUCACACUCCUCCUCUGCCGUCUUCGAUGAAGACAAGCCUAUAGCCAGCAGUGGAACUUACAACUUAGACUUUGACAACAUCGAGCUGGUCGAUGAUUUUCAGGCCUCAGAGCCUCGCUCCUCAGACUCUAAGAGUCAGGACUGCAAAGUGAACGCACGGAGGAAGUCCACGGAUUCUGUCCCCCCCUCCAAGUCCACGUUAUCCCGAUCUCUCAGCCUGCAAGCCAGUGACUUUGAUGGUGCCUCUUGCACAGGCGGCACUGAGGCCGGGGUUCCGGCCCCAGAUGCAUACAGCUCAGGCUCAGGCAGCGCUGCCAGUACCCUUAAGCGAACUAAAAAACCCAGGCCACCUUCCUUAAAAAAGAAACAGACCACCAAGAAACCCAGCGAAACCCCCCCAGUAAAAGAGACACAACCAGAGCCGGCUGGAGAGAGCCCUGUCCCCAGCGAGGAGAAUCAAGUGGCCGAGACAAAAACAGAAUCCACCAAGACGGAAAGUUCUGGACCAGCCUUAUCAGAGGAGGCGCCCCUAGAACCGACCGCAGUGCCCAAGGCUGCCUACCCCCCGGACUCAGAGAGUGCAGAAGCGGCCGUUCCCCCAGCUUCUGGAGGUGGCAGAGUGCAGAACUCACCCCCCAGUGGCAGGAAAGCAUUGCCUCUUGCCACGGCCCCGGAGGCAGUGGAGGUGACCCCACUGGAAAGUGGGGGACAAGAGGACUCCCCAGCCAAAGGGCUCCCAGUGAGGCUAGAGUUUGACUACUCUGAGGACAAGGGGAGUUGGGACACCCAGCAGGAAAACCCCCCUCCUACUAAAAAGAUAGGCAAAAAGCCGGUUGCCAAAAUGCCCCUAAGGAGGCCAAAGAUGAAAAAAACACCCGAGAAACUUGACAACAGCCCUGCCUCGCCUACCAGAUCCCCUGCUGAACCCAAUGACAUCCCUAUUGCAAAAGGUACCUACACCUUUGAUAUAGACAAGUGGGAUGACCCCAAUUUUAACCCUUUUUCUUCCACCUCAAAAAUGCAGGAGUCUCCCAAACUGCCCCAACAGUCAUACACCUUUGGCCCCGACACCUGUGAUGAGUCCAUUGACCCCUUUAAGACGUCCUCUAAGACCCCCAGCUCACCUUCUAAAUCCCCAGCCUCCUUUGAGAUCCCAGCCAGUGCCAUCGAAGCCAAUGGAGUAGACGGGGAUGGGCUAAACAAGCCUGCCAAGAAGAAGAAGACGCCCCUAAAGACGAUGGUUGAAGAUGUGAUGUCUGUCUGUUCUCUGUUUGACACAUUUAGGGUGAAAAAGUCGCCAAAACGGUCUCCUCUCUCUGAUCCACCUUCUCAGGACCCCACUCCGGCGGUCACACCAGAAGCGCCACCUGUGAUCUCCACGGUGGUCCACGCAACCGACGAGGAGAAGCUGGCAGUCACCAGCCAGAAGUGGACGUGCAUGACGGUGGAUUUGGAGGCCGACAAGCAGGACUACCCGCAGCCCUCGGACCUGUCCACCUUUGUGAACGAGACCAAAUUCAAUUCACCCACGGAGGGUAAGCAACUCGGCCAGCCGGACCCCCACCCUGCCUCGGAGACUACUGCCCCUAGGGAGCAAAAGGCCAGGAAAGAAACUUCUAAGCCAGACUUGGGUUACAGAAACUCCUAUGAAAUUGAAUAUAUGGAGAAAAUCGGCUCCUCUUUACCUCAGGACGAUGACGCCCCGAAGAAGCAGGCCUUGUACCUUAUGUUUGACACUUCUCAGGAGAGCCCGGGCCAGUCUUCCCCCGUCCGGAUGUCGGAGUCCCCCACGCCGUGUUCAGGGUCAAGUUUCGAGGAGACAGAAGCCCUUGUGAACACUGGGGCAAAGAUCCAGCAUCCAGUCUCACGAGGGCUGGCCCCCAACCAGGAGCCACACUUGCAGGUGCCAGAGAAAUCCUCCCAGAAAGAGCUGGAGGCCAUGGCCUUGGGCACCGCCUCAGAUGCCAUUGAGAUUACAGCUCCUGAGGGCUCCUUUGCCUCUGCUGACGCCCUCCUCAGCAGGCUAGCUCAUCCAGCCUCUCUGUGUGGUGCACUUGACUAUCUGGAACCCGACUUAGCUGAAAAGAACCCCCCAGUAUUUGCUCAGAAACUUCAGGAGGAGUUAGAAUUUGCCAUCAUGCGGAUAGAAGCCUUGAAGCUGGCCAGGCAGAUUGCCCUGGCUUCCCGUAUCCGCCAGGACACCAAGAGAGAAGCUGCUCACCCAACAGAUGUCUCCAUUUCCAAAACAGCCUUGUACUCCCGCAUCGGGACUGCCGAGGUGGAGACACCCGCAGGCCUUCUGUUCCAGCAGCCCGACUUGGACGCCACACUCCAGAUGGCCAGAGCAGAGAUCAUAACCAAGGAGAGGGAGGUCUCGGAGUGGAAGGAUAAAUAUGAAGAAAGCAGGCGGGAAGUGAUGGAAAUGAGGAAAAUAGUGGCCGAGUAUGAGAAGACCAUCGCUCAGAUGAUAGAGGAUGAACAGAGGGAGAAGUCCGUCUCCCACCAAACGGUCCAGCAGCUGGUCCUGGAGAAGGAGCAAGCCCUGGCCGACCUGAACUCCGUGGAGAAAUCUCUGGCUGAUCUCUUCAGGAGAUAUGAGAAGAUGAAAGAGGUCCUCGAGGGCUUCCGCAAGAAUGAAGAGGUGCUGAAGAAAUGUGCCCAGGAGUACCUGUCCCGAGUGAAGAAGGAGGAGCAGAGGUACCAGGCCCUGAAGGUGCACGCGGAGGAGAAGUUGGACAGGGCCAACGCCGAGAUCGCCCAGGUCCGAGGCAAGGCCCAGCAGGAGCAGGCUGCCUACCAGGCCAGCCUGAGGAAGGAGCAGCUGCGAGUGGAUGCUCUGGAAAGAACGCUGGAGCAGAAGAAUAAAGAGAUAGAAGAGCUCACCAAGAUUUGUGAUGAACUGAUUGCCAAAAUGGGGAAAAGCUAACUUUGAACCAAACGUUUGGACUUGACCAUUGCGUGCAAUAUGACCGUCGGCACACUGCUGUCCCUCCCGUUCUGUGGACAGGUUCUGUUCUCACUUUUUCGUAUGCACUACUGUAUUUCCUUUCUAAAUAAGGUUGAUUUGAUUGUUUGCAGUCCUAAGAAGACUAUCAGAAUUUGCAUUUUCCUAGUAUAAUUCAUAGCAAGUUGACCUCAGAGUUCCUGUAUCAGGGAGAUUGUCUGAUUCUCUAAUAAAAGACAAAUUGCUGACCUUGCCUUGCCCUUUGUACAUGAGUUCCCAGGGUGAGCGGCUUUUGAUUGAAUAUAAACAUGGACAGCUUGCACAGGGACUCUUGCCUUAAGGAGGGUAAACUUGAUCUGCAUUUGCUGAUUUGUUUAAAAAAGAAAAAAAAAAAAGAAAAUGCAUGUUUCAAAUAAAAUUCUCUAUUGUAAAUAAAUUUUUUUUCUUUGGAUCUUG